AAAGAACACUGACAGGCCAGUCAUUCGACAAGCUACGAAUGAAUAUAUGUAUGUGCAAGGUUCUCACUUCUUGCCUACCUGACUUCUAUUCUCUCCGUCUCCUUCCUUUGGCUUUUCCAUCACCAGAAAUGGAAUACAUAACAGAUCCCUAGGGUAGCUAUCACUGCUGGACCUCUCGUGAAAGCCACAGCACUUUACGGAGUACAAUCCUGGGCUGAUCUGACCAUCCUUGAGCCCGGUCCCUCUCUGUCCCACUUCCACAUGUCCAACGUCGAUCCUCCGCAUUCCUGGGCAAUCUGCUUGCACGACGAGCAUGUCGCGUGUUCUUGAGUGACUUGUUACCACUUGUCUGGGUAUUUGACAGUCUGCACGCCGCACGCAACCCAUGCCCAGCUCCAGUGCUCCUCAUACCGCCCCUUGAACCUAUUCUCAUUGCGAAUAAAGAUUGGUUGUAGGACCGAGGGCCGAAAGUGGAUCAUAUUCUAGAGACAAAGGCCUUGUGCAACGGCCCGACAGAGUGUGGGUGAACAAAGAGCUUGAGAGCACAGAAGAACAAACAUAUCCAUGCGAGAGCAGCAUGCUCGGCGCGAAGCUCCUAACCAGCUUCGCGAGCUCGGUGAAAAGAAUGAAGCAUCCUUUCAUAUUAUAGUACUGGGUUCUUCAGGCGGACCAUUAGAAGACAAUGCGACCGGUCUUCUGGUCCGCGCGCCUCAGACGGAAUGGCGCAAGAGCUCAAUGAUUGCCGUUGACGCUGGCUCCCACCUCGCCAACAUCAUUCGUAUCCUCGAACGGCAAAUGCCUCUGACCUCCGAAAUCCUCCCACCGGCGGAAUACUCGAAGACACUUGAAGCUGGUCCCUUUGCGGGCAUCCCUUUCCCGAACAUAUCUGCAAAAGCCAAUGGCCUGCACAUCUUCCGUGAGAUUUUACAUGCCUUCCUCAUCACACACCCUCAUCUCGACCAUUUGUCUGCCAUGGCAAUCAACACACCGGCCCUUGAGUACGGCCGUGAAGCCAAAGCCAUUGUAGCGCUGCCCUCUACAAUUGAGGCGAUCAAGAAUCACAUCUUCAACGACUGGCUUUGGCCCAACCUGUCCGACGAAGGCAAUGGAGUGGGAUUUGUGACUUAUAGGAGGCUGAUCGAAGGAGGCAACCCUCGUCUCGGAUCUGGCGAAUCUCGAGGCUAUGUCAAUGUGUGCGAUGGUCUUGCUACCAAGUGUUGGGGCAUUAGUCACGGGAAAUGCCAACGCAGGAGACUCAGCAUAUCCGGGCACCAGCAUAGCGACUCCUUUGGCUACACUGGCGCCGAAUACGCAUUCCCAUCACGACGCAUGAGUCGCAUCUCGGACGCAAGCCAUGAUUAUUUCGCGGCCGUUGCGCAGCAGCAGCAACAGUCGCAGCAACCUUCACAGCCAUUCAUAGGUAGCAUGUCUGCUGCUGCACCGAUGACCCCGGGGGCAAGUAGCGUGCCUCCAAAUCUCGCCCCCGAUCCGAAUUACAUGUUUGAGCCGGUAGGCAGCAGUGCAUUCUUCGUUCGGAACGAUGCUACUGGAAAUGAAAUCUUGAUCUUCGGUGACGUCGAGCCAGACUCGGUCUCGAUGUCGCCCAGGAAUCACAUUGUGUGGGAGGAUGCUGCAGGCAAGAUUGUCAACAGCAGUCUAAAGGCAAUUUUCAUCGAAUGCUCGUAUGACGACAGCGUACGGAACGAAGACCUGUACGGGCAUCUGUGCCCGAGACAUCUCAUUGCAGAGUUGAGCUUUCUGGCGAAAAGUGUCACCAACAAGCGCAAGCAACAGGCUGAUCAGGGCGCGACUACAGACCAGCGGACUGAAAGUGUCCCCGCGGUCGUUCCAAGUAUGGCCAUGCGUCAGCCGCCCUCCCCAACUGAUCUGAGGAGAAAACGAAAACGAGCGGCAACAUCCACGAAUGGGGACUCUACGCUGACGCCGACACUUGAAAUUGAAGAGCCAACAAACUUUGACGGCACAUCGAGUGGUUUUCCAUCGACGAACCCUUCCUCAGCUAAUCCGGGAUAUGUUGGUAAGAGAGUGGCGUCGCAUUCUUGUGGUCACCAUCAUCCGAGGCGAAGGACGUCGAGGGAAGUCAACAGUCAUUCGGGCGCGGCUUCUGGCGCCAUUACGCCCGGCGGACGACCGAAGCCAGUCGCGUCCCAGGCUAGCCCCAAGUCACCUGCCCAGGUUUUCACGCCUUCCGUCUCGCAGGGAUAUGGACAGGGCCAAUCGAGUUCGGGGACGCAGCCUCGCGAAAAGCUCGGAGAGCCUCUCAAGGGCAUCACUGUCUAUAUCAUUCACGUCAAGGACACAUUGACGGAUGGACCGAGCCCCGGUGAUGUUAUUCUGGGGCAAUUACGUGCUCAAGGAGAGGAGAUCGAGUUGGGUGUCGAGUUUAAUGUCACGCGAUGUGAGGAUAGUAUCUGGGUAUGAAGCGAUUGCACGGUUUGAAAUUUGGCGGUGAUCAAGGUGGUUUUUAUGGGACUGGAAAGUCUGGUGUGUGUGUGUGUGUGUGUGUGUAAAUGUACGAAUCUGGGCAUGAACGAAAGGUGACGGUAAGAAUGCAUCUUUUUCUUCUUGCUUUUUCUUUCGUCUAAAUGUAUUCUAUGCUUAGGAUCUUGACUUGAUUUGGGUUUCUAUUGUGGUUUUGUUUCCCCUCGCUCUGGUGUCUAAUUGUGACGAAAAAAGAAAAAGAGAAGACGAGGCAAGGUCAUCAAGAUCGACCUGACAUGGUGAAACAUGUUUUCGAGAAAUGAGAUGGUUUUUGAGGUUCUACCGGACAGAAUGAAAUAGGCACGGUCAAAUGAAAAUCGUUUUUGCUUUGAAGUGUG